AUGUCUAACUCUCUCGAGCAACUCAAGGCCACUGGCACGGUCGUCGUCAGUGACUCUGCCAUUGGCAAGUACAAGCCUCAGGAUGCCACCACCAACCCCUCCCUGAUCCUCGCUGCUACCAAGAAGCCCGAGUACGCCGCGCUUCUGGACGCUGCCGUCGCCCAGGCCAAGACCAAGGGUGGCUCGAUCGACCAACAGGUUGAUGAUGCCCUCGACAACCUCCUCGUCCAGUUCGGCACCAAGAUUCUUGAGAUUAUCCCCGGCAAGGUUUCCACUGAGGUUGAUGCCGCUUUCUCCUUCAGCACGAAGGCGUCCGUCGACAAGGCUCUCCACAUCAUCGAGCUCUACGAGAAGGCCGGUAUCAGCAAGGACCGUGUCCUGAUCAAGAUUGCCUCGACAUGGGAGGGUAUCAAGGCCGCCGAGAUCCUGCAGCGCGACCACGGCAUCAACUGCAACUUGACCCUUAUGUUCUCCCUCGUCCAGGCCAUUGCUGCCGCUGAGGCCGGUGCCUUCCUCAUCUCCCCCUUCGUCGGCCGUAUCCUCGAUUGGUUCAAGGCCGCCAACAAGAAGGAGUACGCCAAGGAGGAGGACCCGGGUGUUGCCAGCGUCAAGAGCAUCUUCAACUACUACAAGAAGUACGGCUACAAGACCAUUGUCAUGGGCGCUUCGUUCCGCAACACUGGCGAGAUCACUGAGCUCGCUGGCUGCGACUACCUGACCAUCUCCCCUAACCUUCUCGAGGAUCUCCUCAACUCCAGCGAGCCCGUCCCCAAGAAGCUCGACGCUUCCGGCGCCAGCGCGCUCGACAUCCCGAAGAAGACCUACAUUGCCGAGGAGGCCAACUUCCGCUUCGAUUUCAACGAGGACCGGAUGGCCGUCGAGAAGCUGCGCGAGGGUAUCAGCAAGUUCGCUGCCGAUGCCGUUACCCUCAAGGACAUCAUCAAGGCCAAGCUGCAGUAA